GAGGCACCAUGGAGAGAGGAAAGGGAGUGUCCAGAAAAGGUCGGAAGCUGGCGUCCAGCCGCCGGAGGCAGGCACGAGAGCCAGCUGAUGGUCAGGAUGCGCCCAUGGCCUCAGAGCCCGAGUCCUGGCCCUCAGACGCGGAUGCGGAGCUGCAGGCCUUCUUCCAGGACUGUGGUGCCAAGGAGAGGGGUUUCAUCACCCGAGAGGAUCUGGCGGAGGCCAAGUUCAGCUUCCUGGGUAGCCAGGAGCCGCAGAUGAUAUUCGACUGGGUGGAUAUCGGGAGUACGGGCCGCCUGUCACUGGAAGAAUUCAGCUCUGGACUCAAAAAUGUCUUCGGCUCCAGCCCGGGUACCCGCAGGCUCCGCACAAAGCGGCCACUGCCUUCCCAACAGCAAUCUGUGGCCUUCAGCUUCCCAGCCCUCGAGGAGGCUGACGCCGAGGAGAAGGAGGCCUUCCUUGACCUUGUAGGGCAGAUGGGGACCGGCCACUCCCUUUCUGAGCAGACUGAGAUCUGGAAGCUGUGGCAGGAAUUGCGGCAGGAGGAACCUCAGCUGGCAGGCGACUUGGAAGGCUUCCUGGGCAAGAUGAGCAGCCGUCUGCAGGAGGCUCAGGCCGAGCGGGAGGCGCUGGAGCGGGCACUGAGGAAGAGACACUCUGACCACCUCCACGAGGUGAGACAGCUCUAUGAGGAGACAGAGGAGCAGAUCCGCAGGGAGAAGCAGCAGCUGCAGGCCCAGAGCGACUCCCGGGGCAUGGCCCUCAGUGCCCAUAUGCAGGAGGCUCUGGAGGCCAAGGAGCAAGAGGUUCAACGGCUGGCAGAGGACCAGAGAGAGCUGGAGGCGCAGCUCCUGCACCUCAGCAGCACCCAGCAGGAGGCCAGCUGGGAGACAGUGCAGCUGCGGGAGGCUGAGCGUGACCUGGUUGGGCAGCUAGAGGAGGUGCGGGGCCAGCUGCAGGUGACAAAGGGACAUCUGGAUUCUGCCAGGGGGCGAGUGUCCUGGCAGAUAGAGGAAGAACCAAGUGUCCCCAGGGAAAAUAAGAUGGCCCCAGACCCUCAGGCUGUCCCUGCUGAGGAGGCCCCACUGCCUGAGCUGUUUGCCGAUAAGGACGACUGGGACCAGCUCCUGAACAGCUUCGGAGAGUGUUCCCACAGAACCCCACAGCUCUGCUGGAGCCCACCCCCAACCCCAAGCAGCACCUCCACCCCCCAGACUCCCCGCAUUGUUAGACAGAUCUCCAUUUCCGAGGUGCCUGCUCUACAGUUUGCUCAGGAACCAGCCUCAGAUCCAGACCCAGGGGCAAGAGGCCCCCCUGGAGUGCCUCCCCGUGCCAGAGAUAGAAGAGGGGUGGACGACUCAGAGGGGCAGGAUGGUCAGGAUGGAGAUUCUAAGCAGCCUGUGGACCUCCCUGACCUGGAAGCCCUGGCCGGGCAAUCUGGGAGUGUGGUGGUUACGGCUUUCAGCGUGCCACUUGCUUCUGAGGCUGAGCCUCCUCCUCAGGGCCUCUCUCCUCCUCAGUCUCCAGAUGGGUCCAGAAAACAGUCCCAGACCCCAGAUCUGAGUGACAAGAGCCUUUGGCCUGAGCCUGAUCCACUCAAGCUGCCUAAGGAAGGUGAUGUCCUGGCAGAGGACGUGAUGCUGGGCUUAGGGUCCCAAGGGGCCAUGGCCCUCCCUGAGGGGCCCACAGAGCCCUCCCUGAUGAGCCUGGAGCCUGUGGGCCAGGUACCCACAGAGAGACCAGUGCAGAGUGAGGCAAGGCUGGCUAGGCAGGAGAGUCACCCUAGAGGUUUCCAAGAAGCCCAUGGCCAGGUCCUUAGGCUGGAUAACUGGUCUACCCACCUCCUCCAGAGUCCUGAAGACUGACUCAGGCCUGAGGAAGGGAAUUCAGGAAAGAGAGGCCAGCAGGACCUAGGGUCAGAACAAGCCGAUGAGGCUCAGGGCCUGGAAGCCAGAAACACAGAUUCAAUCCAGGAAAAUGAUCCCCUCUCUGACACAACACAGGCCUCUGUUGAGGCAGAAGUCCCUGCUCCUGGCAAAAUGUCUCCUCCAAGGGGCUCUCCCCUCUUAGGGGCUGGCCUUGCAGUGAGAGCCCCAGAGACCACAGAAGCCCUCCUCACCCUGACUGAGACAGAAGUCCAGCCCAGGCCCAUAUCCAUGCCUGUUCAGGUGGAGAGCAAGCCGGGCUCCCCUCAGCCCACAGAGCCGGGGGCAGAAAGCAGACUGGAGGACCCAAGAACAGACUCCCAGGAGGCUGAGCCGACUUCUUCUCCCGGGGACCUCACUGCUGGCAAGCCUCAGGCUGACCCUGACUACCUCUACCAUGUCAUCUUCUUGGGGGACUCCAAUGUGGGCAAGACCUCGUUCCUACACUUGCUGCACCAUGAUGCCUUUGCCACUGGGCUGACGGCCACUGUAGGAGUGGAUUUUCGAGUCAAGAGCCUGCUGGUAGACAACAAGACCUUCGCGCUGCAGCUGUGGGACACAGCCGGACAAGAGCGGUACCACAGCCUCACAAGACAGUUGCUGCGCAAGGCAGAGGGGGUGGUGCUUAUGUAUGACGUCACCUCCCCAGAGAGCUUCGCCCACGUGCGUUACUGGCUCGACUGUCUGCAGGGUGCAGGUGUGGAUGGGGUGGUCAUGGUCCUGCUGGGAAACAAGAUGGACUGCGAGGAGGACAGGCGGGUGCCCACGGAAGCCGGCAGAAGACUGGCUCAGGAGCUGGGGGCCUCCUUUGGUGAGUGCAGCGCAGCCCUGGGUCACAACAUCCUGGAGCCCAUGAUGAACCUGGCUAGGUCCCUUAAGAUGCAGGAAGACCGCAUGAAGGCCUCGCUGGUGGACUUGACCCACCAGCAGCCACCCAAGAGAGCUGGCUGCUGCCGCUGACCACCAGUCUGGUCCCGUCAUGGCUUGUCCCUUCCUGUGGUUCCCAUCCUGCUUCCUGGACACAGCUUUGACAGAGAGGCCCUGCAAGGGACAACGUAACCUCUGCUCCACCGAGCAAACAUGGCUGGGGUGGGUGGCAGGGCAAGUCUAGAAACCCCUCCCAAGGAAAGUAUCCCCAAAUCUCCCAUUCACCCCA